CUGAAGUACUGGUAGUUUAAUUUCAGCAAUAUUACAAGUGCAUUUACUCCGCCCAGGGCAUCCAAAUAUAAAAAUGACCUACACAGCAAAGGAAAUGAGAGAAAGCUGAUUUAGGUUAUGCGCGGGGAUGUUAGUGGGAGUAUAGGCUGUGUAGUCUGACAGAUUCUUCCGGUCUACUGUAACUAACGGCUAUUUGCAAACCUAAUUUUUUUACAAACAGGUUUUAAGAUAGCAAUUUGCUACUAGAGACUAGCCAGGGUAUCGGCGUUUAAAGAUUAAAAAAAAAAGAUUAAGGGUGUGAUUAGGAGUUUUUUUUUAAAAGCAAUAUACAUUCGGUAUUGUUCUCAGUACAGCAUGCUGUCCUAACUGUGGCGUGUAGAAUAAUUCAGCUUUUAGGCGAAGUCGUUGCUUAGAUCGUUAUUUCCAACUUGAACAUACAACCAUCUGCGCUUCCUUUCGGCUCAGAUACACUUAACCAGUGUUAUCGUAAGAAACGGUUAACUGGUCGAAUAACCGCUUGAAUAAACAUUUGCGCAAUCCAGAAUCCAAAUCAAAUAUUAAAAUACUUCCAAGGUUACAAUAUACUGUAUAAGAUUCUGUAACAAGCAUUUUAAAAAGGUCUUCAUAGCCAGCACGCAUUCACAGGCGCUUUUCAUCUGAGCUCUGAGCAGUGCUCUACGGUCACAAACAGGUUUUCCUUUAUUUGAAAAGCUUCGCAAAUUGAGUUGCUCACGGACCUGUGUUUUUUUUUUUACACCUAACUGAUCUGAAUUGUAUUUCGCAAGAAACGCAUUUGAGCAUUUGCUUUUAAAUCUGUGCUACGGAUCUGCAGGUGCUCGCCUUUCUCUUUCUUUCAUAGCGGAAGUUAAAUCCAAAAUCAUUUUAGCUUUACAGUGAUCAUUCUUGAGGCGUUACGGCGAGCAGACCCCGUUUGAGCGUCACGAACCGAGGUCAGAGCAGAACUGUUACCUUGGGGAUCUGUAUCACCCCUUCCACAUAUGUUUGCUUAUGAAACGUGUUGCAGAAAUAGUUUCUAACGUUCAGGAAGUUGUCUUGUGGUUUUGGGGGCCGAACUCUAUUGGAGUUAAAACUGCAAAUUUGAGAUGGGACACUCAAGGGAGUUCUCUCAAUAGCGAAGCCGCAAAGCACAGCGAGGAUUCCUGUCCACAACACGCCUCAGCUCCCCCGGAGAGCACGGUCUGAGCUGGUAAGAACAACUGGUCCAAUUUCCCAACAGAAGACGUCGAGUCGCCGAGGAGCUCCGUUCCUGCGCCCAUACAGAUCCCGUGGGCUGCUGAGCACAUUUCUGCCUCAUGUGCCCUGCCAAUUUGUAAGCUCAGCACCGGAUUUUGGGGCCCAUGUCAGCUUUAGGACAGAGAUAAACACGGGUCUGCCUGCUCCGGAGGAGAGUGCUGUCCGGGCUGAGGGAUCGAGAGUGAUUUCAGAGGCUCCGAGAUGCCCAGGUCAUUUCUGGUGAAGAGCAAGAAAGCUCACAGCUACCACCAGCCGCGGUCGGUGGAGGAUGAUUACAGCAAGCUGGACAGCAUCCUGGCCCACAUAUGCGCAGAGGCGAAGAUACCAGAAGAGACUGGGUGCUGCUCGGACGCCCUCGGGUCUGAGGCCAGAGGCCGGUUCUCCCCGGAAGCUCACCUGGUCGACACGGCCGACCUCUCCUCCAAGUCUCCACCGAGCUGCGAGGGCAGCGUCUGCGGCCGGUCCUCCGACUACGACGACUUUUGGAGACCGCCGUCCCCGUCCGCCUCUCCAGACUCGGAGACGUCGCUCACCCCUUCAGUGGACGAGACCAGCCCGUUCUCCAUCUCCUUCAGGCCCUACGCGUGGAGCAGCUACUCGGGCUCCGAGCUCAGGCACCUGGUGCAGCAGACGUACCACCACCACCCGGUGUCCCUGGAGCGGAGCCCCUCUCUGGGGCUCUAUGCAGAGCGGGGCAGCGACACCUCUCUCUUUCCCGACCGCGGCUCUGCCGGGCUGUACGGCGACUACGGGACCGCCCCGGGUCUGUACGAGCGGACCUCGUCUUCCGGCGUGUUCCCAGACCCCAGCCGGCACAGCAAGGCCCCGGACAUCAAGGCGGAGUCGGAGCUGCCCUUCACCCGGCUGCUGCUGAGCGGCGGCUCCUACAAGUGCGUCAAGUGCAGCAAGGUGUUCUCCACGCCCCACGGGCUCGAGGUGCACGUCCGCAGGUCCCACAGCGGCACGAGGCCCUUCGCCUGCGAGAUCUGCGGCAAGACGUUCGGCCACGCGGUCAGCCUGGAGCAGCACAAGGCCGUUCACUCCCAGGAAAGGAGUUUUGAUUGCAAAAUAUGCGGCAAAAGCUUUAAAAGGUCGUCGACUCUCUCCACACACCUGCUGAUCCAUUCCGAUACCCGUCCUUACCCCUGUCAGUUCUGCGGCAAGAGGUUUCACCAGAAAUCGGACAUGAAAAAACACACCUUCAUUCACACAGGAGAGAAGCCGCACAAGUGCCAGGUAUGCGGCAAGGCCUUCAGCCAGAGCUCCAACCUGAUCACGCACAGCCGCAAGCACACCGGCUUCAAGCCCUUCGGCUGCGACCUGUGCGGGAAGGGCUUCCAGCGCAAGGUGGACUUGAGAAGACACAAAGAAACGCAGCACGGACUGAAAUAAUGAAAUAAAUCAUUAUACAGCCGGGGGGAGGGAGGGGGUGGGUGCGGGGACGAUUUUCCUCACGGAACUGGCGACAAGACAGGACUCGAAACACUAGCCAGGGCUGCACGGACUCGGAGCGGGGAGACGGGGGCGAAGAUGAGCACCCCCGGCCGGUUCCGACGGCUUACCUGAGCGACGAGAGGAGGGAGGACCUGCAGGCGUGGGCUGUGGUGCGAGACCCACGGACUGCGGGCGCGUCGGAGAAGUUUUCGCGCAGCGUCCCCUCGACGGCCCGGUGGUCUCCCACCGGAGAGCUUCCGUGCAGCCGAAAUGUUGUGGCGUAAAUAAUACGAGAGGCAUCGGAAAUACAACCCGCUGUGUGUGUGUACACCCUCCACAAUCCAGGACGCCGGUGAACACGAAAUCACCGCUUUUUCAAAGGAGACGCAGGAGGUGCUGGCAAAACAGGCACUACAAUAAGACGAAUUGAUUUAACAAACAAGUGGGUUGUUUAUAUUUUGGGUUAAAAUAUUUGAUUACAGUUGGCCAUGAGGUUGUCAACGGUUUUAUCUGCUGUGUUCUUGGUCAGACGAUACAAUCAUAACCAGUAUUUUUUGGGAAUUCAUGAAGACCAAUUUAAAAAGUUUUUGCACAUUUUUAUUAUUUUUGUUAUCGGAACCCAGAUAUGAGUUGUGAAGCUAACAGAAACCUCGCCGAGGAAGCUCGGUGAUAACUAUAUAUAUAUGCAAAUAACUGUUAGGGAGUUCAAUCUUGAGUGAUGAUGAGUUAGUUUCUAAAACGAUAUUGUCGUAAGCUGUUUUAUAUAUAUAUAUCAGAUACUAUUUGUUGUAUGAUGCUAUAUUUCCUAAGCUUUAUUUAUUGAUUAAAUAUUCUUUAAAAUAAAAAUUAAGACAAACUAAUGAUGC